CUAUUUCUCUCUCACUCAUUAUAAGUUUAUAACUACAACCUACUUUCUCCUUUCACUAAACGCUCCAAACCAUGCUUGAUCACAGGCAAGGAUUCACUGGGAAACCACUUUAUUCUUCAAGUCCAAAAUACCAAAUACAGAGUAGUCAUGACAGUACAGGAGAUAUAGAAUUCGAUUUCUGGGGUGUACAUGAUAGUGAUACCAAGUAUAAUGAGAAUUUUAGUGAUCAAUUUGGCACUGAAAUAGAGUUUCAAGUUCAAGCAAGCCUUGUUCAAGAAGGACUUGGAGGGUACUCACUACCCUUAUGGAAAAGAAACUCAUCAAAAAAGGUUCAAUAUGAAUCUUCUCCUUUGCUCCCACACAACCAUCAUCCUAGCAAUCUUUCCCCCACUUCAAGGAGAAAAAUAAUUGCAGAUGGUAGGAAACAGCUUAUGGAGAUGGUCAAAGACAUGCCCGAGUCAUCUUAUGAGCUUUCUCUAAAAGAUCUUGUCGAUGAGCAGCAUAGUUUGGAGGAAGUUCAAGGGGGUCCUGUUGAGAGUGGCUCUCAUUAUGAAACUGAAGCUGAAGAUCAAGCCAAGAAGCAAAAGAAGAAUACAAAGAAAGGAAUUAAGAAGGUAGGUCAGUUGUCAAGGAUUGAAAGUAUGGAAAGUGAAACUUUCCUACUCAAGAUGUUCUUUCCUACUUCUCUAUCUUUUAAGAAGAAAACCAAGGGAGGAAAAAGCUCAAAACUUUCUCCAAGUCCAUCUUUUGAAGAUACCAAGGACCACAUUGACAAGGAAUGGUGGUUGAAAAGGUUUUUUGUCACAGGAGAGAAUAAAAGAAGUCGAGAAAAUAGCAGGAAUGGAAGCACCAGUAGCAGCAACAGCAGCACAAGCAGGCACGAUGAUGCCAAUUUCACACCUGGUUGCUGGUACUUCUUCCACACCAACAAAAACAAAACUAAGAGACAGAGAAGAUUCGACUUGUGAAUGGAAGGCAGUUGAAAACUGAAUAGGAUUGAUGAUCGUAGCAGAAUUGAUGGUAUGGUGCUUUUUGUUCCUUGAGAUUAUCCUCUGGUAAAAAAUCUCUAAUUUUUGACAAGUCAAUCUGCAAGUCUUCUUGCUGCUGGAAAUUUUGGGGGGACAGUAGAUAAAGCACAAAUGACCAGAAGCAGGCUGUGCUAAUGAAAUUUCUGAGUUUGAAAAUAACAUUUUAUACCGCUGUUGUAGUUGCUCCAAGGCUUUAGCAUAGCUGAAAUAGAAGUUAAUAUUCUAGUCUGAAUACUGGCUAGCAGAAUUUCCUAAACAAAUGUGUAUAGUUCCAUGUACACUAAUGCAAUAUGCAAAUUCCCAACCCAAAAGAUGGAUUAUAAAUAGAUAAUUUAGCAAAUAGAUAAUCUUUCUUGAUUGGGAGGCAUUUAUAUUUCUAAUGAAAAAUUGUGUUCGAACUCUUA